UAAAAAUAAGAAAAAAAGCCAUUGAGAAAAACAAUAAACAUAACCUAAAUUAAAAACCUAUUUAGCCAAAAAAUAUUCAGUUACGAAAUAAAAGUGAAUUUUACCUGUUGUCGGUGUCAGAUACAAACAAGCACAUUUAAACAGCGCGGUAAUUAGUACAUAAUAAAGAAAGAAUUGUAAUCAAGUGUUUUUUUUACUAAACCCUCAAUAUGCCAGAGACUAUAAAAAUCCACCUUCAGUUUGGGGGAGGUGCAGAACUCUUGUUUGACAAAGUAAAAAAGAGAGAAGUGGAAUUGCCAGCAUUGAAUAAAUACUUCCCGGAUUGCCAGAGCGCAAAAUGGACCAUAAAAGAACUGCUUGUAUGGAUUAAAGAUAAUUUGUUAAAAGAAAGGCCCGAGUUGUUCUUACAGGGUGAGUCAGUGAGGCCUGGUAUCCUGGUGCUGGUGAACGAGGCGGACUGGGAGCUGUGUGGAGAACUGUCAUACGAGCUGAAGCAAAAUGAUGUUAUUAUGUUUAUAUCCACACUACACGGGGGCUAGGAUAAUAAGUUAUGUACUAUGUAAAUUAUAAUAAGAAAUGUAAUUGUAU